AUGAGCAGCAGACGGAAAAAUCCACAUCCGAAAAGAGCGGUGAACGCGAGGACGGUUUUGAAGGUGAAAGAAGAGCAACCACCGGUGUUGUGUUCGAGGAUUCCUGACGAGGAUGAUGAUCUCGAGGCGAAUCAUCAUCAGAUACAAAAAGAAGAAACGACUUUUAUUGAGAACAAACGAGGUCGCCUUUCCCGAGAGGCUGGUUUACCGGAAGAUUCAGACCGAGAACUCUCGCCGCCGCCGCCGGAAGGAAAAACGAGAAAGUCAAAACGCAUCGUCGAGAAAAUCCAAAAAGGCAUCAUCUACGACAAAUACAAACACUUGCGCUCGCCAAUCCUGUCCCCAGGAAGACGACGAAACAACGGAAAGAAAGGAGUGAAGAGAAAGAGAGGGCACGAGUGCGAUGUGUGCGAGAAGGUGUUUGGAUAUCCAUCACAUUUGGCCAGACACAUGCAUACGCAUACGAACGAGAAACCAUACGAAUGUGAUGUGUGUGAGAAGUGCUUUAGUGAUUCUGGUAAUUUGAAAAGGCACAAGCGUAUUCACACGAACGAGAAAGCGUACGAGUGUGAUGUGUGCGAUAAAGCUUUUCGUCAAGCUACUCAUUUGGAAAUCCACAUGCGUAUUCACACGAACGAGAAACCGUACGAAUGUGAUGUGUGCGAGAAACGUUUUACUCAAUCUAGUAGUUUGAAAAGGCACGUGCGUAUUCACACGAACGAGAAACCGUACGAAUGCCAUGUUUGCGAGAUGCGUUUUCGUCGAUCUGAUCAUUUGAAAUACCACAUGCGUCGCUACCAUUAG